AUGGGAAGCUCAAGACACUGCGUGAACUCAAGCAAGGUGGGAAUCCGAGCACUUGCAAAGCUGUUCAGCGGCUUUGUUAUUGCAAGGGACGACGCCGUUGCAGCUGACCUAGCCUUAAAUCAUGGCGUCAGGAGCGUGACAAUUGAUGGAAACAUUCACAAGAGAGGCUUUCUUUCUGGCGGCUGGAGAGGUAGCAGGACUCCUCGGGUGAUGGUGACCAAGUUUGAACAUGACAGAGUUCAGAACGAGAUUCAGGGAGCAGCGUUGUGCAUUCCAGAGUUCGGACAGGAGCUGAAGCAGCUUGCUCUGGAGAUUGAGAAGGUGCAACAAGACCUUUUGAGGCUUGAUGGCAUUUCAGGAGAGACAAGGGCUUUGGCGAGAAAGGAAGCUCUUUCAGCCGUUCAGGACAUUGAGUCAAGACUGAAAAUGCUGACAAUGCAAGUUGCAAAGCUCAGAGAUGAGAAGCUGUUGAUAGAGGAGGCAAUGGAUGGCACCACUGUGCAAGAUUUGGAGGAAAACAUGAGAACACUCCUUCAACAGCAGGACGCCAUCAAGCUCCAGAUUAAGGGAAUUGAGGGAGAUAUGCAGAACUCCAUACGUGAAAGGGAGGUGCACAAGGAGAAGGUGGAUAUGUGCAUGACUGACAUUGAAAAUCUGGAGGCACAACACAACAGGCUCCGUGAUCAACUGCUAAGCCUCAAUUUAGAUCUGAAGAACGCGCAAGGAGGGAUUGCAGAGGCAAGAGAGAGGAUAUCAGAAGUGGUGAAAGUCCUGCCUGAAUCUGAGUGGAAAUCUCUUCUUCAUCGCAUCACAAAGCUCAAGCAUGCAAAGCUGUCAGACCAAGAAAGGAAAGCCUUUGGGGAGCGCAUGUCUACUUUGAAGAUGUUCAAGGACCGAGCAGCAUCCAUUGUUAACUCCAUGAAAGUUCUGAAUGAAGGAAUAUCGCGCGCAAAGUCAAAGGUGCUGAUGGUCAACAGAGACACAUACACUCGUGUGAAGUCUUCAUUUAAAAAUCUAUGCUGUCAUCUGCUUCCAAACAAGUCCGUCAAUCUCAUUCAACUUGGAGAAACAGUUGAAGAUGGCAUUAGAAUUGCCUUCUGUAACAGUCCUGCAUCAGAGGAUUCUGCACCAUCUUGGAACACAAACCUCAGUCAGCUCUCUGGUGGGCAACGAACUCUUUUGAGUGUUGCACUGGUUUUGGCAAUUGCCCAGUGCAGCCAAAACUUUGUGUACCUGAUGGACGAGGUGGAUGCUGCCCUUGAUGAGGAGAAUCAAAGCAGGGUUGGCGCUCUUGUGCAGAGCGAGCUCGCAAAAAAGGGGCAGGUCCUUUGUGUGAGUCACAAUUGGGCCUUCCAGACGUUUGCUGAUUCUGUGGUCCAGGUUUCCAUGGACAAUGGAUCCAAGAUCAGCUAUGCUCAGUUGGACUCAGGAAAGCGAGCAAAGCAUAUGGGAACUUGA